AUGUCAAGUCCACAGCAGCAACAGCGGCAUCUGCAGCAACAGCAGGACCAGCACGUUGGGACGGCUGCUUGCUUGUCUGCUCUGCUGUUCCAAAUGAUCAAUAGCGUGCGACGAUUGUCCAUGCGCGACAUCGUGGGACAUGCGUUGACUAAUACUGACGUGGCGGCUGCAGCUGUUUUUGGAUUUCGUCCGAAUAUUCGCUCGCUCUUAUGA